UAAUCAACUGGCAGGCAAAGGGAAAGGAUAAAAAAACAAACCCUAUUCAAGCCAAUGGUGGAGGAGUAGUCUUGUGGAUUGAGGUAAUAAAGCACUCCCUCCUCGUACCGCAUCUCGUAUUUUGACGUCAAACUGAUAUAGCUACCAAUGUACGAAUCACUCGGGGGAGAAGAAGGCUUCGAAUAUGAUGAUUCGUCGUCCGCCCGCCGUUUCACAUCACACUUCGCCAGAGAAAGAGAGGGGAAAUCUAUCUAUGCACUUUUUUUUCUCUCUAUUUACUCUUGUUAUUAAUCUCUAAACAAACAACAAAUUCUCAAACUCAAAUUAAUCUCUAAACCUAACAUUUUCAAACCAAAACCAAACAGAGAGUAAGCAUAUACAUUCAUUCAUGAAACAUAAAAAACCAAACACAAAAGAAACAUUUUAGUUUAAACUAAUCAAACUCGAAAUUGUCUGCUCUGCUCUCCGCCGCUCCGAGUUCUUCGUCUUCUUUCUUCUCGGUAAGUAUUUUCUUCCUGUCAGUAAGAAUAGAUCAUUAAUUAAUCGAUCAAUAGAUCUUCAUCUUCUUUCUUCUAUCUUGAUCAGAUGAUAAUUAAUCGGUUGAAUAGAUUAUAGUUGAAUCAAUAUCAUUCGAACAGUUCAAUUAUCUUGUGUUUUGCCUCUGUUAGUUUGUUAAUUAGUAGUUUGAUGAAUGUAGUUCUUCCUGUAGAUUUAUAAGUCAUCUCUCUCUCUCUCUCUCUCUCUCUCUCUCUCUGUUAAAUCAAUAUCAUUUGUUCAAUUAUCUGUUGUUUUUCUGUGUGUAGAUGGAUAAUCCUGGACAUGGAGCUGGUCAGAUGGAUAAUCCUGGACAUGGAGCUGGUCAGAUGGAUAAUCCUGGACAUGGAGCUGGUCAGAUGGAUAAUCCUGGACAUGGAGCUGGUCAGGCUAGGUUCAUAAUUGAUUUUUACGAAGAUUUGAUUCAGCAACAGGCGCCCCCCCAGCCACCCCUACCACCGCCCCAACCACCCCUGCCACCGCCCCUACCACCCCUCCUGCCACCCCCCCAGCCACCCUAUAUUGAAUAUGUGUCCAAUAUGGUACUUGUUGCUGUGUCUAUCCAUGCAUUUUAUUAUGCAUGGAUCAUUGUUCAUAAGAAAUAAUGAGUUUAGUUUGAUUUUGUUUUAGAAAAGACUUAUG